UAAUCUGCAAUAACCUAUUAUAGUGCAAUAACUUAUUGUGAACGAGUAAUUAAAAAACAGUGGAAGUAUCUCUGAAAUUAUGAGUUUUGAAUAUGAUACUAAAUGGUUAUUUCAGCCUGCUGCAAGGUUUUGUAAUUGCAAAUCGCAAAAUUGUCAUUGCGGAGAAACCAAUGUACAUGAAUGGCAAUGGGAUAAAAAUAAUGCUACGUAUUCGAUUGUGUUAUCAGAAAAUGAUUUAGAAGUCCAAUUUCACAAUGAAUAUAGUUUUGGUACAGCAGCUGUGAGAGGUACCAAAGUGUUAGAAAAAGGAAGAUACCAUUACUGGGAAAUCAAAAUGCUCACUCCCACGUAUGGGACAGAUGUUAUGGUUGGAGUUGGAACAAAUAAAGUGGAUUUAAAUAGUACAAGAAAUGUUUUUUAUUCUUUUCUUGGGCUUGACCAAGAAUCUUUUGGUUUUUCUUAUCAAGGUUACAUACAACAUGAUGGUGAAAAACGUAGGUAUGGCCCUUGCUUUGGAUUGGGUAGCAUAGUAGGAAUAUACUUGGAUUUAUGGAAGGGCAAUUUAGAAUUUUUCCUUAAUAGAAAACCAUUAGGUAUUGCCUUUGCUGGAUUAAGGGACUUAAUGUUAUAUCCUAUGGUAUGUUCUACAGCUGCACAAAGUAGAGUCAAAUUGACUUAUAGUUACUCUGUACCAGCAUCUUUACAAAUAACUUGUUUGUCAGUAUUAAAAUCAUCACAUAGAACAUAUUUAUCAACUAUGUUUCCAGGAUUACGAUAUCUUACUGAGAGUAUCUUUGCAGAAAUUUUAAAAACUCAUUCAAAUGAUAAUGAUGAGAAUGAAAAAGAUGAACGAGAAUCUUUAACAGAGUACAUGAUUUUAGAUGAUUUUGAUUUUGCACUAGUAGGUGUAGGUAGAAACAAAAAGAAAUAGUGCAAAUGUGAUAAUUACACUAUAACUAAACAGACAUAAUUUUA